AUGGCCCAAGGGCUAGAGGUGGCUCUCACAGACCUCCAGAGCUCCCGGAACAACGUGCGCCACCGCACGGAGGAGAUCAGUGUUGACCGCCUUGUCGUCCGCCGUGGCCAGGCCUUCAGCAUCACCCUAUACUUUAAGAACCGAGGCUUCCAACCAGGCAUGGACAGUAUCACCUUUGUGACCGAGACUGGACCUUUGCCAGACCUGGCCAAAGGGACGCGGGCAGUGUUUAGCCUCACAGGCAGUGGUGGCCCAAGCCCCUGGAUAGCUUCCCUGGAGGCCAAUAGAGCCACCUCCCUGGAUGUAAGCCUGUGCGCUCCUCCCAUGGCGGCCGUGGGUCGAUACCUCCUGAAAAUUCGCAUUGACUCCUACCAGGGUCCUGUCACGGCCUACCAGCUCGGGGAGUUCAUCCUGCUCUUCAACCCCUGGUGCCCAGGGGAUGCAGUCUACUUGGACAGUGAGCCCCAGAGACAGGAGUAUAUUAUGAACGAUUAUGGCUUCAUCUACCAAGGGAGCAAGAGCUGGAUCCGCCCAUGUCCCUGGAACUAUGGGCAGUUUGAAGAGAAUGUCAUAGACAUCUGCCUGGAGCUGCUCGAGAAGUCUCUGAACUUCCAGAUCGACCCAUCCACAGACUGUGCCCUGCGGGGAAGCCCCGUCUACAUCAGCAGAGUUGUGUGCGCCAUGAUAAACAGCAAUGAUGACAAUGGGGUGCUCAACGGUAACUGGAGUGAGAAUUACGUGGACGGUGUCAACCCUGCAGAGUGGACGGGCAGCGUGGCCAUCCUCAAGCAGUGGCAUGCCAUGGGCUGCCAACCAGUGCGCUACGGGCAGUGCUGGGUCUUUGCUGGUGUCAUGUGCACAGUGAUGAGGUGCCUGGGGAUCCCCACCCGUGUGAUCACCAACUUUGACUCCGGCCAUGACACGGAUAGGAACCUGAUCAUCGAUGAGUAUUAUGAUAGCACAGGCAGGAUUUUGGAGAAUAUGAAGAAGGACACCGUCUGGAAUUUCCACGUGUGGAAUGAGUGCUGGAUGGCACGGAAGGACCUGCCUCCUGGAUACGGAGGCUGGCAAGUGCUGGAUGCGACACCACAGGAAACCAGCAAUGGUCUCUACUGCUGUGGCCCAGCUUCUGUCAAAGCCAUCAAAGAGGGAGAAGUGGAUCUAAACUAUGACACACCAUUUGCGUUUUCUAUGGUGAAUGCUGACUGCAUGUCUUGGCUUGUCUAUGGAGGGAAGGAGCAGAAACUUCACCGGGACACAGCCACUGUUGGGAACUUUAUCAGUACUAAGAGCAUCCAGAGUGAUGAGCGGGAUGACGUCACAGAGAGCUACAAGUAUGAAGAAGGUUCCCUUCAAGAGAGACAGGUGUUUCUAAAGGCUCUACAGAAGCUAAAGGCUGGAAGGUCUCCAGGACCCCAUCAAGGAGAUUCAAAUUCCUUCAGCUCUACGCCACGAAGUCAAGAUAGUCCUAGGAGCCUGGAUACACCUUCCCUUCGACCCAGCGAUGUCAUCCAGGUCUCUCUGAAGUUUGAGCUGCUUGACCCACCCAACAUGGGCCAAGACAUAAACUUUGUCCUGCUGGCUGUCAACCUGUCACCUCAGUUCAAGGAUCUCAAACUCAAUUUGAGUGCCCAGUCUCUAUUGCAUGAUGGCAGCCCCCUGGCCCCAUUCUGGCAGGAUGUCGCAUUCAUUACACUGUUCCCUGAAGAAGAAAAGACCUACCCUUGCAAAAUCCUCUACUCCCAGUACAGCCAGUAUCUGUCAACAGACAAGCUAAUCCGCAUCAGCGCCCUGGGUGAAGAGAAAAGCAGUCCUGAGAAAAUCCUGGUGAACAAGAUCAUCACCCUGACUUUCCCAGGCAUCAUGAUUAAUGUGCUAGGAGCAGCCUCUGUGAAUCAGCCACUCACCAUCCAGGUGGUCUUUUCAAACCCACUCUCGGAGCCAGUCGAGGACUGUGUGCUGACCUUGGAAGGAAGCGGUCUCUUUAAGAAGCAGCAGAGGGUUCUCAUCGGAGUCCUCAAACCCCAUCACAAAGCCAGCAUCACUCUGAAGACGGUGCCUUUCAAGAGUGGCCAAAGGCAGAUCCAAGCUAAUCUGAGGAGCAAUAAGUUUAAAGACAUCAAGGGUUACAAGAAUGUGUAUGUUGACACUGGCGUAUAA